CACGCGAGUGGAGCGUGAAGGCCCCUGUGCAGCUGGCACAGCUUCGCCGCCGCCGCCGACGGCCCCACGGUGUGCUGCAACCCCUACCACUUCAGCCGGCUCUGAGGGCCAGUGACAUGCUGUCUCCUGUCUUCCAGAAUCACCACCACCCCCCUACUCUCGGCUGUCUCCUCGUGACGAGUACAAGCCACUGGAUCUAUCUGAUUCCACAUUGUCUUACACUGAAACGGAGGCCACCAACUCCCUCAUCACUGCUCCGGGUGAAUUCUCAGAUGGGAAGACUGCCCAUCUCUUCAUCACUGGUGUUCUUGGGGUUAAGAAUGAGACCCAAAGAUGGUAACCUAAAAUGCCUGUCGAUCCACGUUUUAACCAGUUGUCUCUACCUUGUCUUGUGGAAAACUGAGAGUGCACAACACUGGCCUGGGCUUGCACAGCAGCUGAUGGGAGUACAGGACCCCUGGCUUGGACGGGGAAAGACAGCACAGCAUGACGCCAGCAUGUCUCCAGAUGCCACCAAGCCGAGCCACUGGUGCAGCGUGGCAUACUGGGAGCACCGAACGCGUGUGGGCCGCCUCUACGCGGUGUACGACCAGGCCGUCAGCAUCUUCUACGACCUACCUCAGGGCAGCGGCUUCUGCCUGGGCCAGCUCAACCUGGAUCAGCGCAGCGAGUCGGUGCGGCGGACGCGCAGCAAGAUCGGCUUCGGCAUCCUGCUCAGCAAGGAGCCUGACGGCGUGUGGGCCUACAACCGCGGCGAGCACCCCAUCUUCGUCAACUCCCCGACGCUGGAUGCGCCCGGCGGCCGCGCCCUCGUCGUGCGCAAGGUGCCACCGGGCUAUUCCAUCAAGGUGUUCGACUUCGAGCGCUCGGGCCUGCUCCAGCACGGGCCCGAGCCCGACGCCGCCGACGGCCCCUACGACCCCAACAGCGUCCGCAUCAGCUUCGCCAAGGGCUGGGGGCCCUGCUACUCCCGGCAGUUCAUCACCUCCUGUCCCUGCUGGCUGGAGAUCCUGCUCAACAACCACAGAUAGCGGCAGCCGCGAGGCCCGGCCGACCUGCCCACCGCCAGGAGGGCCAGUGCCAGAGACACAGCCCCCACGGACGAAACCCCCCAAAUAUCAUCUACCUAGAUUUAAUAUAAAGUUUUAUAUAUUAUAUGGAAAUAUAUAUUAUACUUGUAAUUAUGGAGUCAUUUUUACAAUGUAAUUAUUUAUGUAUGGUGCAAUGUGUGUAUAUGGACAAAACAAGAAAGACGCACUUUGGCUUAUAAUUCUUUCAAUACAGAUAUAUUUUCUUUCUUUUCCUCCUCCCUCUCCUUUUUUUUUUUUUUAAGAAAAUGAUACAGCAGAGCUAGGUGGAAAAGCCUGGGUUUGGUGUAUGGUUUUUGAAAUAUUAAUGCCCAGACAAAAUGCUAAACCAGUCACUCAUUGAUAAUAAAGUAUUCGCAUUCUA